CUAAGACUUUUCUGAACAUUUUCGGACAGCUAAUUGCUAUUACCCAAUGGCUAUGUUUCUCAUUUGUCUCUUGUUUUUGCUACAUGUAUUUUCCUCUCUAUAUCACCCCAUGUCCCUCUUCCACCGCACCAUAAUCUCCAACCAAGCCAAUAAUCUCUUUGAUUAGAUUUUGUGAAGUCUAAGUUAACACUUCCCAUGGAAUCCAACCAGCUCGAAGACACCGACGAUAUCGGCACCGGCCGAUCCUACGAGUGCGUGUUUUGCAAGAGAGGGUUCACCACGGCACAAGCUUUAGGAGGGCACAUGAAUAUCCAUAGGAAGGAGAGAGCCAAGAGCAGCAGGCCUAGUUCUCUUCCUAGAGUUGCCGACAAAAUUGCUGUUUAUGAUGACAACUACAACGUAACCUUAAACACUAAACCCUAUCAACCUAUCCAAAGCUCCAUGGCUCUACAUGAGAUAUUACCUGUAAGUUAUCGAACUUUUCCCCCAAAUUCGGGUUGGGGAUCUACACCCCAAAACAGUGAUGAGUUGUUUGUAGACAAUUCACAGCAUAUGAAUCAUUGGCCUAGGAGUACUCUUAGCUUGGGAUUUGCUCCAUCCCUCGUCUAUGAUCAUGAAAACAACAAGACAUGUGGGAGUUGUCAAGAAUAUGAAUUAGACUUGGAGCUGCGAUUAGGUCAUGAUCCAUAGUAUUAUUGUAUAUAUACAUAUAAUUUGGAAGGAUUUCUCUAUAUAUGUACA